CACAGAUACAAAAUGUCUGUGCAACACAAAUAUUGUGUGUGUCUGUGGGAUUGGUAUACUUGAAUCUUUAGGCUAUUUUCCGGAGGACCUGAACCGCAGAAACCCCUCGUCUAAGGAGAUGGCCGACGUGACUACUUCCGUCAUCCAUGAAGUCCUAGGGGGGCGGCUACGAAACGUGGACCAGCCAAUCGUCGACUACAUCAUCAACGUACUUGCUGAUGUGGACUUCGACUUCGGCCUUGAUGGAGACGGUGCUUUGGAAGCAAUCGGCGAUCUUCUUGUCGACUCAGAUUGCGCCUGUGACUACUCUGAAUGUCGCACGAUCUGUAGCAAAUUGUCUGCGAAAUUAGAGAAGCACGGAUUGGUGAAACCAAAACCUUCUGUAAGAAGCUUAAAAGCACCACUGAGAAUGUUUGAUGGGAUGGACGAAGAGGAAAUUCCUAAAAAGAAGUCUGAAACAACUGAUGGCCCUCUGCUGACUGAACGUGACAAAAUCAAGAUAGAAAGGAGGAAUAGGAAAGAGGAGCGACAAAGAGAGGCACAGUAUGAACAUCAUUUAAGAGAGAUGGAAGCUGCCAGAGCCGGGAUGCCUGCUGUUUGUGUAAACCAUGAUGUUGUGGAUGGAGCAGCAAUCAAGGAUAUACAUAUGGAAAAUUUCAACAUAUCCGUUGGUGGUCGUGAUCUUAUUGUGGAUGGAACUGUGACACUUUCUUUUGGCAGGCACUAUGGCCUAGUGGGACGGAAUGGAACUGGGAAAACAACAUUCCUUAGGUACAUGGCUAUGCAUUCCAUAGAUGGUAUUCCCCGGAACUGUCAGAUCUUACAUGUGGAGCAGGAAGUUGUUGGUGACAAUACUUCGGUUUUGCAAUGUGUCCUCAAUUGUGAUGUUGAAAGAACUCAACUUUUGGAAGAAGAAAGUCAUCUACUUGAAUUGCAGAAAGAUAUUGAACUAGAAGGUGAAGUUGGAAAGGGCAAUGGGGAAACAUACAAAAAUGCUAUUGCACAAAGACUUGAGGAGAUAUACAAAAGGCUUGAGCUUAUUGAUGCUUACUCUGCCGAGUCACGUGCAGCAUCCAUCCUUGCGGGCCUCAGUUUUACCACAGAAAUGCAAAAGAGGGCUACAAAAACCUUCUCUGGAGGAUGGAGGAUGAGAAUAGCACUUGCACGAGCAUUGUUUAUCGAACCUGAUUUACUGCUUCUUGAUGAACCAACGAAUCAUCUUGAUCUUCAUGCUGUCCUGUGGCUUGAGUCUUACUUGGUGAAGUGGCCGAAGACAUUUAUAGUAGUUUCCCAUGCUAGAGAAUUUCUGAACACUGUUGUCACAGAUAUUAUUCACCUUCAAAACAAAAAACUUGUUACCUAUAAAGGAAACUAUGAUGCAUUUGAGAGAACUAGAGAAGAAAAAAUUAAGAACCAACACAAAGCAGUUGAGGCCAAUGAACGCUCCAGGGCCCACAUGCAGACAUUCAUUGAUAAGUUCCGCUACAAUGCAAAGCGUGCAUCUCUUGUUCAAUCUAGAAUCAAGGCGCUUGAUAGGCUGGGUCGUGUAGAUGAAGUUUUCAAUGAUCCAGAGUACAAGUUUGAAUUCCCUUCCCCCGAUGACAGACCAGGGCCUCCAAUUAUAAGCUUCAGUGAUGCAUCUUUCGGAUAUCCAGGGGGGCCAUUAUUAUUCAAGAAUUUAAAUUUUGGAAUAGAUUUGGAUAGCCGAAUAGCAAUGGUUGGUCCAAAUGGCAUUGGAAAGUCAACCAUAUUGAAACUAAUUUCUGGUGAGCUUCAGCCAACCUCAGGAACGGUGUUUCGUUCUGCUAAGGUCCGGAUCGCUGUAUUUAGCCAGCACCAUGUUGAUGGCUUAGACAUGUCUUCAAAUCCCUUGCUUUAUAUGAUGCGCUGUUUCCCUGGAGUUCUUGAACAGAAACUUCGUUCUCACCUAGGUUCAUUUGGCAUUAGUGGAAAUCUUGCCCUUCAACCAAUGUAUACAUUGUCAGGUGGUCAGAAAAGCAGAGUUGCAUUCGCAAAAAUCACUUUCAAAAAGCCUCACAUCUUACUACUUGAUGAGCCAUCAAAUCACUUGGAUCUGGAUGCUGUGGAGGCACUAAUACAAGGACUCGUAUUAUUCCAAGGAGGUGUUCUGAUGGUAAGUCACGAUGAACAUCUAAUAUCAGGAAGCGUAGAGCAGUUGUGGGCUGUAUCGGAAGGCCGGGUGAAGCCUUUUGAUGGAACCUUUCAGGAUUACAAAAAACUGCUCCAAUAAUCAUACAAUAUCUCACGUAUUGUAUUGGUUUGGAAAUAUGGUCGAUUUGGAAAUGGGCCAAACCACUCCUUAUUGGAUGCAAAAAGCAUAGCAUAGCAGAGGAUGAAUAGGAUUAUCGAUUGAAUCAACGGUUUGUAUCUUUCAAUGUGAUGCUCCCUACAUAUAUAAGCAAUAUUUAUCGUGGCAUUGCUUAUGGCUUACUUUACUGUCUUUUAAUUGAUAUGGUUAGUAAUGUUUACUAACUUAUACUCCGCCGUUAUAAGACAUGUAACUACGGAGUAAUAUUUUAUUUUCAUUUUAUCCCUUUUUGUGUCUUGUGAUUAUCACUCUGCAUCUUUCCUCCCCAAGGAACGUAUUCUUUUCCUAGAAUUGUUUCUCUACAUAAAUACACAAUCAGUCUCUAUUUUGCCUACACAACUUUUAAUGGGCGAUGUAAUAUUUUGAUUGUUAAUGACAAUAUAUGUACUUCCUCCGU